AUGAAGUUCUCCCUCCCCACCCUCGCCGUCCUCCUCCCCCUCGCCGCGCAGGCCCUCGCAAUGCCCGCGCCCGAGGCCGCACCUGCACCAGCCGCCAUCGCCGACAACGCAAUGCCCGCGCCGCCAGACAACAACAUGCCCGCGCCCGACGUCGACGCCGAUGCUGACCCCGAGGUCUCCAUCCCCCUCGAAUCCCCUGAAUCUCUCGGGCUCACCAAGCGCGCAAACACAGUCUGCAAGAUCGUCAACAGCGCCUCGGCCAGCGUGAAGUGCCGCUCCGGACCUGGCUUCUCGUACGGCGUCACGGCGUACGUGAUCCCCGGCAAGAACUACCAGUUCAACUGCUAUAAGAGUGGGGAUUGUUAUGAGGGGAACUGCACCUGGCAGCGCAUUAACUGGGAUGGCAAGAGCUGCUAUGUUAAUGGGUACUACACUGAUAGCAAGUGCACUGUUGCUGCGCUUGGGAAGUGCUAG